UUCCGGUCAGUCAGCUUGCCGAAGCAGUCAGAUUUCCGUCAUACUACUCAGAAUAAAAAUGGCAUCAGGAGAUGAGCUUCCAUCCCAUCUCACUGUCGAUACCCCCAACGUUCAAAUUCUUAACUCUGAGACCUCAAAAAGACUCGUCGAAAAUUUUGUAAUCGCUCUCAUGAACAAGGAGCGUUUCUACAUCCGCACAUUCUUUUCGACAUACAAAGCAUAUACCACUGCUGAAAGUGUGUUGUACAUCCUCCUGGACAAGUCUAAAACCUUUGACAGCCCAAACUCUGAGAAAGAUGAAGAACCAGGUUCACCAAAAGAGACAGCAACAAUUUCAAAUUCUGGAAAUGUUGACAGUGCAAAUGGUGAGGAAAAUGGAAGUUGUGUUUCUUCAGGAUCCAGCGAAAUAAUUGCUGAAUAUGGAAGCUUUGACACCUCAGAGGCAGAAGAGAUUCCAGUAAUCGAUUCAGUGAACACAAACAUCGGGAACAAUGAUAACAUUCUGAGCUGUGAGGAGCUUGAAAAUCCAAUUCCUCCAAAGACAGUUGCUGAGAUCAGAAAGUCUAAAACCUUUGACAGCCCAAACUCUGAGAAAGAUGAAGAACGAAGUUCACCAAAAGCGACUGCAGACAUUUCAAAUUCUGGAAAUGUUGACAGUGCAAAUGGUGAGGAAAAUGGAAGUUGUGUUUCUUCAGGAUCCAGCGAAAUAAUUGCUGACUGUGAAAGUGUUAAGUCCAAACACUGUCCGAAUUCUGAUGAAAUUCAGAAUUUAAGUUCACCGGAGAAGGGAGCGACAGUCAAGAAAAGCAUAGACUUCAACAGAUCAAGCUUUCUAGAAGAAUAUAAUUUCAGUCCUGCAGAAAAGGAAACACUAAUGAAAAUUGCUAUUCCUGAAAUUCUCGAAAUCUGGCUGGAGGAGUCUGCCGAAGACUUUCGUCAAGUUCCAACUUACUCUUGUCUCCGGAAGGUACUUUCCUACUUGAACCAAACAGUGCCAGGGUCAGAUGCUGAACAUCGGGCCCAGAAACUCCUGAGUCGGUUUUUGGCGGAGGAAACAGCGGAGAAAGAGAUGUUCAAAGGCUACCGUAGAAGAGUCAGAUUCUAUGUGGGAGAAGAACACGACCAAACCAUCGAACAAGUUGACGAAAAGCUCCUGUCCUACCCAUCACGCUUCAUUGCAGAGCAGCUGACUUUUAUGGAUGCUGAUCUUUUUCGGAAACUUGUGCCCAGCCAAUGUUUAGGGUCCAUCUGGUCUCAACGAGGGAAGGAAGAAAAACAGCAUCUGGUAUCAACCGUCCAGGCCACCAUGACACAGUUCAAUAAUGUUACAAAAUGUGUCACCAGCACCAUAUUAAGACCUCAACAGUUGAAACCAUGGCAGACGGCUAAAAUCAUUGAGAAAUGGAUUGAUGUUGCCCAGGAAUGUAGGACUUUGCAGAAUUUCUCGUCAGCGCAUGCAAUUACCACGGCAUUGCAAUCGAAUAGUGUGUUCAAUUUGAAGAAGACUUGGGCAGCCGUGUCAAAGAGCAGUAAGACAACAUUUGAAGACCUUUCAAACAAUGAAGAAGAUAACUUUAUAGCAAGUAGAGAGCUGCUAAUGGAGGAUAUCGUUCAGGGAAUUGUGCCGUACCUGGGAACUUUCUUAACAGAAUUUUCAGCGCUGGAUUCGGCUUUCCCGAAUUACCAUUCAAAUGGCUUGAUCAACUUUGACAAGAGACAAAAAGAAUAUGAAAUAAUUUUGGGUAUCAAAUCCCUGCAGUUUGCUUGCUCAUCUUACACCCUUCGUCCAAACGAGAAUUUUCUAGACUUGUUCUUUAUGCAACAAUACUUAAGUGAGGAUAGCGAGUACGUAACUGGUAUUGUAGGAGUGUGCAGCUCCUCUGAACUCGAGAAACCGCCAAAGCUCAAAAAGAGUGUGUUUAAACGCCUCAGCUGCCUGUUUUCAAAGAGAGGUGUUAAAAUACACAACACUCAAACUAAAAGCUCUGAGCAGCGAGCAUCCCUUCAGAAUGAGGAUUCAGACGACAGCAUUACCGCAGCCAGCAUUUUAUCCGAUUCCAGCCACUUGGAAAUGGAAGAGCCGAGCACUUCGCAAAAAGCGCCGGAAAAGCCAUUAAAAUCCGUGGAUCCUGCCUCCUCUGGAGGUUUAUCCAACAGUGGUGCAUCAGCAAAACCAAAUUAUGACACAGCCAAGUCUGGGAGGCGUGCAGGUUUGGGCAGCUGCUGGUGUGCAACACGUCGGAGGGACAACCGCCAGAAUGAGAAAAGCUGCCUCAUCCGAGUCAGAUUAGAGGAGGACAGAGCACAAGAAUUCAAAACUAUUUUGUGCUCAUACUUCCGGCCGAUGCCAUCCUGUAUUACGCAAUGAACAAGGAAGCAAUGUUCGAGCCUCCUUCCCAAUGUGAAUCAAUGAGCUCUGGUGAGGAAGGGCGUUAGAGAGCUCACCGCCCUGAUUUUUGAGAGGUCGUAUGUAUUUUAUUUCCUUCUCCUCCUGUAAAUCGCUUGGUGCUCGACAUAGGAUUCACUAAUUAGACAUUUACACAUAACCACUUUAAAAUUAAAAUGGUUCAACAUCGAGGCUAUGCCAACAAUACCAGCCACAGAUAGAAGAGAAAAUCAUCUGAGUUCUUUGUCUAAGUUUGUUUCUAAAAAUAGUGUUCAA